GUAAUAUAUUAUCAAUAGGGUUGAAUUAGUAGUAGUAGACCAUUGGCAGGAUGGCAAAACCAGAUGCAAGUAACAGAUUACCAAACGUGUCAGCAAUGCAGUUGAAAGUUUGUACUGAUAAUGAAAAUGACUGGGUGGAAUUCAUUGAACUCUGCGUAAUAUCAUUUCAGGAAUCAGCGCCGUUUGUAAGAUCUCACCCCGAUCCUGUCAAGAGAGAAGCGUUUUUAAUGAAGUAUAUAAAACAUCACUACGAGACAGAAUUGUCAAACGGACGAGCUGGACUGGCGUGUGUAAAAAUGCAAAAUGCGUUUGGAAGAGAAGAAAUAAUAUACGGGAGUUGUUGCCAAUAUGGACAUGGAAAGCGUACAGAAUCCGAUCAAGGGCCAAUGCGAGAACUUGAUGCCAUUGGUUGGGAAAAGAAUGAGAUGGAAGAUGAAUGGUUAGAGCUCCAGAUUCAUUCAAAAAUGCCGUACAUAGCCGAGUUUUUGAACGUUAACAUUAUGCAUGGAGUAUAUCACGCAACUUUAGAAGAGUACAAAGGAAAGGGAAUAGCUAAACAUUAUACCGUGCCAGCCAUCACUGUCAUAUUUGCAGAUGGAAUUAGACGAGGAAUUUUGGAUGGUGCUAAGCCAACGAUCAUAUAUGGCGUAAUUGAUGAUUACCGGGCACUAGGAUUGCAGAAAUUGACUGGUUACGAUGAAAUAUAUCACUUGCAUAAUACUCAUGAUAAGAAUUACAUUAAGUGCAUUAACGAUUCAAAAGAGUGAACCAAAAUGAAGGAUUUAAUUGUGUUUUCCUGACGUGUAGAGAACUAGGUGGAAAUACUCCUGAUUUGAUCAAUAAAUUCAAAAAAGUAUUUCUUAUGAAAUCUCACAUUUGAGAGGAAAUUGAUUCGAUUCGAAUAAAUUACUUAGCAUAAUUCCAACAAUGGAGCCUUUCGCGAAUAUAUCGUGAGGACGAUACACAAUUUUGACACGAACCUGACUUUCGAAUCUUUUUCUACCAUUUUGACAAGUAUUACGUCCUAAAUAGGUUUUUACCCUUUAUUUGUCUGUUCCUUUGGUGUUGGUUUUUUAUCAAAGAUUAACUUUGAUUGUAAUGUUUUUCCUGUCUUACUUGGGAUAACAAGCAUUCGAAGCUUUUUUAUUAGUGAUAAAUAUUCAUUUUCUUGCUGAGAAAAUGUAAUAAUUUCAAUUAUACUAAUAUGCAACCGUGCUUACUAAACAAGGAAAAAAUUCUCCCCAGUACAAUAGUGUCACGGAUUUUAUUAUCCGGGUGUUUUAUUUUAGUUUGUCUUUUCAUAUUUGACUAUAUGCUUUUCGAGGACCCUUAAUUUGGAUAUACUUCAUUCGGGUCCGGUUGUUGUGAGACUCCGGCCA